AUGCGACCAUUUCUGGACGAUGCGAAGCGACGGGUGGACCGCAGGCUCAGUGCAAGCAGGCAGUCCCUGUCCACGAGCCGUCUUCUUUCCAGUGCUUUGCCAGACAGACUGAAAGACAACCACGAUGCCCAGGUCGACUUUACUGCACCACCCGGAGGAUCUGGCUCUCGCGAGGGCCAUCUCCAAUACAUGCAACAAUCCAUAUUCGGGAUGAUUGCCGCUGUUGGCUCCAGGUCCGACUUUCAUGCGCGAUUUGACGAAUCAAGUGACAGUGAUGGAGAAACAGAGGAGCGGGCAAGGAAAGAGUCUUCUGUCAGGAAAGGAACGUCUGCCUCGGCAAAUGCGCACUCCCUGAGUUUGGGCCAAAGAUCCAGUUCGCGGACCGAUGAGAAAGCAGAGAAGGAGUCGGGUACAAGAGGCCGUCGCCAUCGCAGGACAAUAUCGGACCAUAAAUUAUUUCGGCCCUUCAAGUCAAGCUCAAAGCAAGAGUCACAGACUGAUCCUUCAACGGGCGAUGAAACGCUCUGCGUUUCACUCCCUACACGACCGCGUAGUGCCACUCCUCGAGCAGCUCCUAUCCUGAGCCGUAUGGUCGAAGCUCAAGCCCAAUUUGGUUUGAAAGCUUCGUCUGCCGAACGUUAUCAAUCUUCUUCUGAGGAAAGUAGCGACAAGGGCCCUCGCGAGGCAUCCGUGUCCCCCCUUUCUACAAGGUUGAUGGAUAUGUUCGGCUUCGACAAACCAGAAAAAGUGCUUGUUGAAUAUGCCUGCUCACUUCUUCAGAGCAUGCUCUUACAGGGGUACAUGUACGUCACCGAGGGUCAUAUCUGCUUCUACGCCUAUCUCCCCAAGAAAUCUACAGUGGCUAUUAAGUCUGGGUAUCUUCACAAACGUGGUCGAAAAAACCCGAAGUACAGCCGCUACUGGUUUUCUCUGAAGGGUGAUGUUCUUUCCUACUAUGCCGACCCGUCAAAUCUCUACUUUCCGAGUGGUCAUGUCGAUCUUCGAUAUGGGAUUUCUGCCUCGCUGGCCGAACCGAAAGAGAAAGGGAGGGAACCUAGAGACUUUCAGGUCACCACGGACCAGAGAACGUACUAUUUUAGAGCUGAUAGCUCCACGAGUGCGAAAGAAUGGGUGAAAGCCCUGCAAAAAGUGAUUUUUCGGACACACAACGAGGGCGAAAGCGUCAAGAUAUCUUUUCCGAUCGAAAGCAUUAUAGACAUAGAGGAAAGUCCCAUGGUAGAUUUCGCCGAGACGUUUAAGAUACGCGUGAUUGAGGAUGAUGAUUCGUACGCGAUUGAUGAGGUAUGUCUCUCGAUUACCAUCAUUCUGCACAAGACUCAUGGUUUGCAGUAUUUCUUCUCAUUCUUCGACUCCGGCCGCGACGCUUUCAAUUUUCUCAGAAGCCUCAUUAAUGAUCAAUCUUUGAGACAUUCUUCUCAAACCCUCUCACCGCAACCGGACCGUUCGCCUCGGUCUGAUCGUACCCGCAAAUCUCGAAACAGGUGGUCGUUGACCAGCGGGACGAGUCGAAUUCUAGGUAACGGCAGAGCUGAGACGCAGCGGAAAAGGAGUGCAAGCACAAGCUAUUUGAGUCUGGCGCACGAUGUUAUAAAUUCAUCGCCGGCGACCCGACCUCAGGACUCGUCAGAUUCGAUAUUGAAUUCUUUCGAGCAAGGAACUGAGUCUUCAGCUGCCUGGCAAUCGAUGACGGAUGCGGCAGAAUCAGCGAGCCAGAUCUUGAAUCGCAGCGAUGUCUUUCAAUCUCCUACCAUUCAUAAUCUGGACAGAAGGCCUUCUGGCGCAGAAAGAAGAGGGCGACGCAAUUCUGACGAAACGGCUCGAUCACUAUCCACGCGUGCCAAUGUUGGUACCGUUCAACAGACCGAUGAGCUUGGCAUACGGACGGAUGGCUAUACAAGUGGACGUGAGGCUCAGGCUUCCACCGGUGAAUCUGACCAAGACACGCAAGAUCCGACUAAAUCCUUCUCGGCUGCACCUUCUCUGAACGAGCUUGUCAAAGCCGGAGUAUAUCCUCUCCAGCGUGCGGCAGGUCUUGCCGAGUACUUGAGGACCCGGUCAAAGCAAAUGAGUAACCUUCUGGCCAGUGAAUCUAUGGGCUACAUAGAGAAAGUUUCGGGAAUGUGGACUGGCGGUCGAAAACAUUAUGGCGAGGCAGAAGAUGUCUUGCCAGACGAUCAAGCUGUUGAUCCUGAAGACAAGGAAGAUGGCUGCAACUAUGGCGACCGUUUCCGUGCGCAUUUUGCACUACCGCCGACGGAGAAGCUACAAGCGACAUACUUUGCAUACUUGCAUCGGGUACUUCCACUCUAUGGCAAGAUAUACGUCAGUCAGAAGAAGCUGUGUUUCCGCAGUCUCAUUCCUGGGACUCGUACAAAAAUGAUUCUUCCUUUGAGAGAUAUUGAGAACGUGGAAAAGGAGAAAGGCUUCAGGUUCGGCUAUCACGGUCUUGUUAUUAUUAUCCGCGGACAUGAGGAGUUAUUCUUCGAAUUUCGUACGUCUGAUGCUCGAGAUGAUUGCGCUGUUACGCUUCAUCAACAUCUGGAGACUGUGAAAUUUAUGGCAGAGUCAGGCCUGCUAGCUGAGCAGGAGAAGAAUGAGUCCGAAGCAGCGAUGGCAGAACACCGCAUGCUUCAAGAGGCCAGAUUGGAUGAUUAUGGCGAAAAUGACUUGCGGCCCUUGAAUGAGUCUUCUGGGCUACAUCCGAUUUUUGACGAUCCUCGCGCCUCCAUCGUCAACUUCAAACCUGCCAAGUCUCUUCGGAUCACCUGUCUGACGAUUGGCUCACGAGGCGAUGUGCAGCCAUACAUAGCCUUAUGUAAAGGGCUACUUGCAGAAGGCCAUAGGCCAAAGAUUGCAACGCACGCAGAAUUCGAGCCAUGGGUGAGAAAACAUGGCAUUGAUUUUGCUCCAGUGGAGGGUGACCCAGCGGAGCUCAUGCGCAUUUGCGUUGAGAAUGGGAUGUUCACGUAUUCAUUCCUCAAAGAGGCGUCGCAAAAGUUCCGCGGCUGGAUUGACGAUCUUUUGUCAUCGGCAUGGGCAAGCUGCCAGGAUAGCGAUCUUCUCAUUGAAUCACCCAGUGCAAUGGCGGGCAUACACAUCGCCGAAGCGCUGAGAAUUCCUUACUUUCGCGCUUUCACAAUGCCGUGGUCACGGACAAGAGCUUAUCCACACGCCUUUGCUGUGCCUGAACACAAAAUGGGAGGUGCGUACAACUAUAUAACCUACGUGAUGUUUGACAACGUCUUUUGGAAGGCCAUUGCCGGGCAGGUGAAUAGAUGGCGGAAAAACGAGCUCGGCCUAAAGGCGACUACUCUGGACAAGAUGCAACCGAACAAAGUCCCAUUUCUCUAUAACUACUCUCCCUCGGUGGUACCGCCACCGUUGGACUACCCCGACUGGAUUCGCAUUACCGGAUACUGGUUUCUUAACGAGGGAAGCGACUGGACUCCUCCUGCCGGCUUGUCCGAAUUCAUUCAACGUGCCCGCGAAGAUGCACUCACCACGACAGUCAUUGAGUCGGUCCAGAAGGCUGAUGUUCGCUGCAUUCUCUCCAAAGGCUGGUCCGAUAGGCUCGGCGAUCCUGCCAGUGCUAAACCGGAGGUACCUCUGCCGCCAGAGAUUUUCCAGAUUCAGGCUGCGCCGCAUGACUGGCUCUUCUCGCAGAUCGACGCUGCCGUUCAUCAUGGAGGAGCGGGUACCACCGGGGCGAGCUUGCGUGCAGGCGUUCCUACGAUCGUCAAGCCUUUCUUCGGUGAUCAGUUCUUCUUCGGAUCGCGAGUUGAAGAUCUGGGUGUUGGGAUUUGCAUGAAGAAGCUUAACGUGAGCGUUUUCUCGCGCGCACUAUGGGAAGCCACCCAUAGCGAGCGACUGAUCAUUAGAGCCCGGGAUCUAGGCGCAAGGAUCCGUAGUGAGGAUGGAGUAGAGACUGCUAUCAAGGCUAUUUACCGCGACCUUGAGUACGCCAAAACACUGGUCCGCCAGCGCUCCAUUGCUUCAUCCACGCCUUUUUCGCCAACGCCUUCUGCCAAAACGACGGCCGAGCAGGAUGCUGAUGACGAUGUUGAAGACAGUGUGGAGUGGACGUUUGUUGGUGACGACGCUGACAUGGAGAUGUCCAAGAGGCUUCGAGAUAGGGCGAUUUCCGACGCUGAUAUGCUACCCGAUCGAUUGCUUGCCAAUUCUAUUCCCGGAGAUUCUGGACUUGGAAGGAAAUUGAGCGGUCGCUAA